AAGCUUCAUGAUACUGGACUUCGAACAAAGGAUAUAUAUGUUGUUCUAACCUCUAUAAGUUCGAAGUAUGUACAUAAACAUAAUAUUUAUAAUGCUGUGAGUCGUCAACAUCAGCAAAAGUUGCAAAGGCUACAUGAAAUUGAGAUAUUGCUUAGAAUAUUGCAAAAUGAUGAAAACAUCAUAGCAAGUAUAGCAACAAAGUACACAUAUGAUGAUGUGCGUGAUCAAGAUAGAUCUUUUAUUUAA